CUCCUGCGCGGUAGUCAGGCGAGGACGGCCUGCCACAGGGCAGGAUGGGCAGCCGCUUUCGGGUAAAAACCAGAAAGAAAUCCCAGCCUCGCGGCUUUAUCUUGGUUUAAGAAUCGGGUCGGCUGACAAUGGAAACUCUUUCCCUGCUGCCCUCUCCUUUCGGCCGUGUUGACAGGAGACGGACUUGCUAAUUCGGUCUGGGGAUUUUCCCUGCCUGGGCUGUUUUUCUCUUUCAUCUUCAUCAAUGGAAGAGAGCUGCUCUGCCUUUCAAACAGUCGGAAGUGUGAGUUACCAGAAACCACAAGAGAGAGAGCGCGCGCGCACGAGCCCCGAAGCGAGCGACAUGUCCCUGUGGGGAGCAGUGCGUCUGCACCCCCGAGUGAGGAGGACGCAGGGGUCAGAGGCGGCCGCGGGGCGGGCAGAGCAGGGACCCGCGCGGGGGGCCGAGCUGGUGGCCCGGCAGCGGUCGGGAAGGGAGGCCGGCUGGUGACCAGAGAGCCCCGGGGCGCCUGGGGCCGUGUGGGGAGCCCGGAAGACUGCAGCCAUGCCGCACAGCUCGGACAGCAGCGACUCCAGCUUCAGCCGCUCUCCUCCCCCGGGCAAACAGGACCCAUCCGAUGAUGUGAGAAAAGUUCAGAGAAGGGAGAAAAACCGCAUUGCUGCCCAGAAGAGCCGACAGAGGCAGACACAGAAGGCUGACACCUUGCACUUGGAGAGUGAAGACCUAGAGAAACAGAACGCGGCUCUGCGCAAGGAGAUCAAGCAGCUCACAGAAGAGUUGAAGUAUUUCACAUCAGUGCUGAGCAGCCAUGAGCCCCUGUGUUCGGUGCUGGCCGCCAGCACGCCCUCGCCCCCCGACAUGGUGUACAGCACCCACGCCUUCCACCAGCCUCACGUGAGCUCGCCUCGCUUCCAGCCCUGACUUUCCAGAGGUGGGGUGGCGGGGGACGGAGCCCCCUGCCCCCAGCUGCCCUGGCAGGCCUCAGGAGGGGCACACAGACUGUGGCCAGGCUGCCCUUGCCCCUCAGGGCCCCCUCUCCAUCCGGAGACCCGGAGGCAGAGGCCUGGACAAGGAUGGAGCACAAGACUGGAGCCGCUGGGAGUGUGUGAGGCCACCCAGCGGCGUGGCCCCCUGUCACCCAUGUGGAUGGGUGGCCCAAUCCAGAGUUCAGCCAAGCAUGAUGCCCAAGUCCCAUGGUAUAGAGGGAGGAGGGCAGGGUGGGGUUAUUUUUCUAAAUAAAUUUCUUA